AUGACCAUCACGACGGGGGAGGAGCCCUCCCACGCCGCGCCCUCCAUGGCCUCUCGGGCGUACGUGGAAAACUUCCCCGCCUUUGAUACCGUGGCGGAGGAAAAACAAAAACACACCCCUCCCCGCACCGCCGUGGCGCGUUUUACGCGAAUUCUUCAGCUGCAAUACGGGCAAAACGUCGAUUUUCCCACCCUUGGCGGCCGCACGGGAAAGCCGUACGGCGGGUUUCUCGAUUACCUCCUCCGCCCCCUCUCGCCGUUGCUUCCGCGGCGUUACGUCGACGCCCAUACGCGGCCGAAUCCAUGCCCGGAGGAGUAUUGGUGGGCCUCGUGGCGAUGGCCGCGGCAAAAAUACGUAAACGCGAAGAUUCCGCCGCCGACGGAUGGAAAAUAUCUCGAUUACUAUCACUACCUCGCGUUUAAAAACUGGUUUGAGCGGGAACGGGAUGUCUACGUCGCGCAGGCCAAUCUUGUCUCCGAGAUGUUGAAUCGUUGUAUUAUGAAAGAAGGGCAGUACAACGCGGCGAAGAAUUGUCGACAUCUCUACAACAAAGCCUUCGCGAUGUCGAGGAUGGAGGAGCUCAAUCAGGCGAUGUUGUAUAUGGCGAUCACGGGGAACGCCGCGAUUCGGGAAACCCCAUAUCCGGAGGAUUUUGUCGAUCAGAAGCGGAAGAUCUACGACGAUUGGCUCUUCCGCACGCGCAUGCGCAAACCAGGGGAUGUGGGGUGA